GCGAAAUGGAUGGUUGUCGCCAGUCCCCAAACCCGAUGCCAUUCUGGUCGACCGGGUAUUUCGGCCACGGUAUCUCCGCCCUGCCCAAAGUAGCCGCCGUGCUGCCGUCGGACGAACUAGGCCGUCUCCGGUUCGCGACAUCGUUGUUGGAAGAAAUCCAACAGCUGUCAGAGGGCGUGCGCCGUGCGCUCGAAUGUCCGGUGUGCAAAGAAGUGUCCGGCGCCAUGUCCACGUGCUGCGAUAACGGGCACGGCUUGUGCGACGAGUGCUCGUGCACCAUGAACAGGCUGCACCCGGAGACGCCACCCAAGUGCCCGUUGUGCCGGUCACCGCCAGCGCGCCUGGAAGAGCACGCCUGCCCACAACUGCCUCCGCCGGCACUGCAGUCGGCGAACGCGUCGUCCUCAGAGCAGCAGCAGCAGCACAAUUCGCGGCCACCGGUGGCCGUCCACACGCUGCCGCCGCCGGCUUCCACCCGCAAGCUGCACGAGUUCAUGUCCAUAGUGAAGGUGACGUGCGCUUACCGUCCGGUCGGCUGUCCGUACCUGGUAUACGUGUUGUCGGCCGCCGUUCACGAGUCCAUGUGUCCUCACGCACCGCAUGUUCGGUGCAUGGUGCCCUGUUGCCGAUGGGCGGGUGCGUACGGCGAAGCGUUCCACCACGUUGCCACCGACCACCAGUUUUCCGCCUACGACGUAAUGGAAAACCAGUUCCUAAUGCCGGAUCUGACGUUCGGACUGCAGGGCACCAUGCGCCGGGCGUACCUGACGAGGAACGUCCAGGAUGGCAACCUUCUUUACUGGGUUUGUGUGGCCCGACCGACGAUGUCCGGCAUCCAAGUGGCCGUGCUCAAAGUGUACGACCCAGAUACGCCCACACAGCACACUGGUGGACCACCGGACAUGGUUUUCCGGGUGCGGACUAUGAGCCGGCAGGGCUGGCAACGUCAGAGGGGCCGCUCGCGGUCCGUUUGCUGGGACCGAAUGGUGCUGGACCGCAUGACGCGCGUGCUGGCCAGCGGCGAGAACCGAGAAAAGUGCAUGACCACGUUGCACACGCCGCCGUGGUGCACUGCGACAGUGCGCAACGACCUGCAGUACGAAGCCAUAAUCACGUGGAACGAGGUCGUUCGGUAAACCCCCCUCCUUGGGGGCUGCACCGAGACAGACGGACACGAUGGCGUCAUCAUAAUUAUUAUUAUUCAUACUUAAUAGUUAAUAUUACCGUUGUCGAAUAACGUUUCGUCGAAUUUUUAACUGCACGACGAUGGAGGCGACUGCGCACUGCGCAUGACCGACAGAUGUAAUGUAACUUAUCUCAUUGACCAGCCAUCAAAAUCAUCGUCGCCGCUACAUCAAAUAUUAUUACCCCCUUGUGCUGCGCACCUCAUCUGGUUCGACACGUGUUCAAGUGUCCGGUGGAAACGGUAUAUAUAAGCCGGUUCAAGCUUCUGAGUGAUAGUUUAUUUGUCAUAAGUGCAUAGGUGCUCGA